AUGGGAGAAAUCCUAGAAAUCGAGUGGCACCUCCUAAUCGAAGCGUUUCCCGACCAACACGAAUAUCUGCGUGCCGUGGCCGAGGGACUCGACGACGAACCAGUUCGGCCACGUCGAGAAUCCUCUUCCAUCGCCGUUUCCAAAAAUUUUCCGGGAAAAUCGGCGAUUCGAACGACGCGAGAAAUGCGGAAAUGGGUUGAGGGACUGGUGAAAGAGUUGGCGAAACGUCUAGUGGUAGAUCAAGUGGAGAAUAAAAGAACCGCCGAAAAUCUUGUCUAUUCUCUACUGACAGAGGAGGGAAAACCACAAAAAACACUGAAAAUUGCGAGUUAUUUGCCUGGUUCGUUGUUUGAACUGAUUUGGACAGCGAUUCGAGGGUUAAAUCGAUCGAAUUUGGCGGGAAAUGAAGACAGUCCAUGGACACCGCCUGUCCUGAAUAUCUCCCUAUCGGCGAGUCGUUUCCAGCCGGGUGUUCCCACUCAAAAUCGAGUGAUAACCGAGUGGUUGGGAGAGAAAAAGAGAAAAAAAGAGGCGAGAAUGAAUGCCGUUUAUGAUGAGAAUGAUGGAAGGGAGGAUGUCAUUAUUGAGGAACCGCCACCGCCAAAGCCAGCGCCGCCUCCAAAAUCGCCUCGUACCGUAUUCGAUGGAUCACAUGAAUGUAUUGUAUUGGAUUCGGAAUCAGAUGAAGACGUCGCCCCGCCCCCUCCGUCUCCACCCCAUCGGAACCCAUUUUUUCUCAAUAGACAACCAGAAAUUGAAUAUAUUCAAGUGGGCGGAGAGAGGAUUUCCAGACAAGCUUUCAGACAUCUUCCGCCGGAUGUUAAAAAGCAAUACGAGCAUCGAAUCGCUCUUGAAGAGGCACGUCUUCUGAAAUCAAAGGCGGAGGCCAAGGGAUCAAUCGGAAGAAAACGGGCGGGACCAAUAAAGUCGCCGGCUCAACAACCGAAGAAAUCGAAACCGUUGGAGGCGUUUUUUAAGAAGAAAAAUUAA